AAAAGAUGCAUUUUGUGUGCCAAUGCCUGGGGUAGGAAGAUUGCGGAAGUAACUGUGAGCGUUCAGCGUCACAUACGGGCAAAACGCCCAAUUUACCGAGGGCACUUGAAUGCACCAGUCUCAGGUACUUUCAGUACUUUCGGUUACUGAAAUGGAAAUAGUGGCGGUAAUUUGACACGCCGAGCAACAUGUCUUGAAACAAGGACUUUUACAGUACAAAAGGUAAAAAAAAACGGACUUUGUUUGGUAAAGUUUAGCUUCGCUCGUUCGCGCUAAUAGCACCGUGUCAAAUUCAGACUGGCUGAAUCACCUGGACGAGAGAGCGUUCACCGAUUCCCCCCAGCCGCCGCCGCCGUUGCUGCAACUGCUGCAUUAUGUCAAAACUACCGGGCAACGCAGGUGUGUCCCUGCUCGGGGACAAGUCGCUGGACUUCUACCGAGACCCGGUGAGCUUCUGCCAGGAUAAGAUGGAGAAACACGGCAGCAGGGUGUUUCAGAGCCGCCUAUUCAACAGACCAACCACCUUUGUGUGCUCGGCUCAAGGCAUGAGAGAGCUGCUGUGCGAGAAGUCCAAUGUGUUUCUGAAGGAUCCGACUGAUUUAAUGACGAAAAUGUACGGUGACACCCUUGUUACCACUAACGGUGAGGAGGCGUGUCUUCUCCGUCUGUCUCUCACCAGUCUGUUUUCAGGAAGUUGUUUUGAAUCGGCGGCUGAUUACAUCACCAAUGUAUGUGAACGCUGUCUGAAGGAUCUCACCCUCAGCGGGCAGCCACAGUGUGUGUACACCGCAUUUAAGCAGCUGGGGACAGAGCUGGUGUUAGGACUUUUCUUGAACGUUCGUCCCAACGAGCAGCCAGAACUUUUCCAGAAAAUCACACAGCUCUGUACUCAGCACUGGCAUGGUCUGAUCUCUGCUCCAGUCAAUCUGAAGGUUCCUAUGUGGUCAUCUGGCUUUUCCAUGGCCUUGGAAGCCAGAGAGCAGCUGAUGGACAUCAUCAAAGACAAACUGGAGAAGGACACAGAAGGUUUUGUGGGCUCCCUGAAGUCUCUGCCGCUGCCCAGCUCCAGCUGUGCUUCCCAGCAUCUCCUGCUGUUCAUCUCUGCCCUCAUCCCCAAAGCUCUGGCAUCACUACUCACCUCGUUCACUGUGGCUCUCAGUGGGAAAAAACAGGAGGGAACUCGUCAGCGAGCAUUGAUGGAUGCUGAUUAUCUGCAAGACGUCCUGCUGGAGGUUCAGAGACUCUGGCCUCCUUUCAUUGGUGGACGCAGGAUAGCAGAGAAGGACACUACCCUUGCAGGUUUUCAUGUCCCAAAGGGUUAUGGUGCGGUCUAUAUCAGCUAUUCCGUCCACCGGGACCCAGAAGUGUUUGAGCAGCCUGACAGCUUCCUGCCAGAGAGAUGGAGCGGAAGGAAUGCAGACCACAAGCACAUUAUCUGUUCCUUUGGUGGCGGAUCUAGAAACUGCAUCGGUAUCAAACUUACGGACUUCUUCCUUAAGGAGGCGUGCACGUACCUCUUAAAGCACUAUGACUGGUGUCUGGAGCCGCCAUCGCAAAACCUGGACUACAAAUGGCUGCCUGUGUCUCGGCCUGCCAUCCCCCCGACUGUCUCCUUCACUGCACUGGACACAGCUGGAACCGACGGGAACGACAACACAAAACAUUUUGGGCACUAAGAACUAAAACACAAUAAGUGGAGCGAGCAACCCCAAAGAUCUUCCCCUGCUGCUCUUAGCACACUAAAGCAUCGUGGGGGAAAAACUGCUUUCCAUCACUGAAGGAUGUACACUAAAAAAAAUACAUUGUUGUCUGGUACUUACACAUCUUGCACAGCAACACACUUUCCAUUCUGCAGUAGUGUAAACACACUCACACACACACACACACACACACACACACGUAGAGGUAAGCCCUCAGAUUCCAUCAGUAACUGCAAACCUGGCCGCCCCUCCCAUGCACCCCCCCCCGCACGCUUCACCACCUAGCAACCAGCGCUGCUUAGCAACAGUUUGUCAUACCGACACUGACUUGCUUCCUUUUAGUAUGCACACACACACACACACACACUCAAACUUGGUUAUUUUUGAAAGGGUUCACUUGGCAGCGUGACGCGUGUCUUGUGAAUCACAUGUAAAAGAUGCCACAAGGUGUUUCAGAGUGAAAUAACCUGGGGGGCAGGGAGGACAAGGGUGAUUUUCAGCUUUUCAGAUUAUGGCUCACCCACCAACCAACAACAAUUCACGUUAAAUGUUGAAUACUACACAUGGCUAACAGUUGGUUAGGAAUGGAAAAACUCACUUUCAUAGACUUUGAAGGACUGUCAGUCUUAUUGGGUGACAUGACAUGUUUUUUUUUAACCAUGGGUCUGUCCACUGCUUUGACUUUAAAAUGAAAGGUGCAUUCUGCAUGAUGUGAUUGAUUUUGUUUCCUGUCUUAAUUAUUUCGUGAUUGAAAAAUCAGGCUGCCAUUGGGACGCAAGAGAGUUAGCAUCGCAGCGGUCUUCAUCCGCACAUGUGAACACUGUGGAACACGUACACAACAAUGGACAAGCGGCAGCGCGCAGUGAAACGAACAGAGAGAAAAUAACGCCAAGCACUUGAGAGGUCUGACCUUUUUGUGGGUAAGAGUUUUGUGAUGAUACUCGUUUGAACGCACAUUGUUUUGAGAAGAAAAACGCUUAACUUAAGAGACCCCAGCAACUAGCCGGAACUACUCUGCUUCACAACGAAAACCGACCAGAACUCGGCAAACGGGACGAAGUGGGGGGAAAGUCACUGUUGAUGCACUACACUGCUGAUGGGGAUGUCAUACAACUUCAUGUCAAAAAAUCCAAACUAUCCCUUUACAGUGCGAUUAAAAUGUUGCCGCUACUAUUAAAGAAAGUAGUGUUAGGCAAAUAGAUUAUCAGAUUAACAUUUUCAGUUUGUUUGGAGCUGUUAAUACAAAUAUGUAUAAUCCUGUUUUGUCAUUUAUCUUUUUCAAUAAAAUACAGUAAAAAUGGGCAUAUUUCAGACAUACAGUAGUCGUAAAUGGUGAUUAAUCAAGAUUAAUUUGAAAACCGUGAUUCAUCCGAUUGAACAUUUUAAUUAUUUGACAGCCCUAAUAUAUAUAUUUCCUGUUCUACAGGACUAUUUGCUAAAAAGAAACAAGAAUCAUAGUUAAAUAGUUAAGAAGGGUGUUUCUCAACUGGUGAGUCAAAAAUUACAUUAAAAUAUUUCACCUAAUUGAUAGUUUGAAGUCUAUUUUUUUUAUUUUGAAAUACAAAUAUUUUGAAAGUAGAUCUUUGGUCUUCUUUGAUAUAUAUAAAUAUCCAUUUGCUAUUACAGUGUUCCCUCUCUCUCUUGUGGUUCAUGCGGAUUUUUUUUAAUGCUUUUUUUUUUCUUAUUGCAGCAUAUGAUCGCUGUUACAGGUCGAGCCUGGCCCUUUAAGAAGAAUUGCAUUGUGAAGUUGAGUGUCUAUCUCUUCCCUCUCGUCUGUCUGCACUGCCAAUUGUUGUCUGCGUCCUGAUUGGCUGUAGACCAUUAUCAAUCGCCGUCCUGUGUCAUUGCGAGCUUGCUUGCUAGCUUGUAAAUGAAUCUUCGGCUUGAAGAAGGUGUAUUGCAACAAUGUGUUUUAGCAAGGAUACAAAAACGCUACAGCACGGCGAAACGUCGCCAGGAUGAACAGGCACGGUCACAUGAGUGAAAUACGUGCGAGUGACUUCAUCAUUUCUUGUGACCUGUAGGUUGAUCAUUAAAAUUCAAACAAAAGUUUGAAGUUUUCUGAGUGUUUAAACAAGAGAGAAAUGUGAGAAAAUGUUAACGCCUGUCUGAGAAAAGUGUACAAAGUGUACGGUGAGGGCUUUUAAAGCCUUAACACAUCUAUCAUAAAGAAAUAGAUGUCCAAAGAACUUGUCCAAAGAAAUUAAGUUGGCUACUUCGUGGAUUUCACUGAUUGCAGGUUAUUUUGGAACCCUAUCCCCCACGAUAAACAAGGGAACACUAUAAUAUACAAUAGUAUUGAUUUUUUUUUAUAGUUGACAUUCCCCUUUUAAUAUUGUGCAUUGAAAUCCAUUUUGCACAUGAACUUGAAUGUAUUUUAUCCUUAAAAAGUUGAGAUGCAUAUGAGUGGAAGACAUUUAAAAAUAUAGAUCUAUGAAUUAGCAAGCUCGUACCUCUAUGAAAGUGGGUCACCACGUAAUGACCAUGGGCACAUGUGGGUCCCAGGAUGAGACCAGGGACUGGAAA